AUGGUCAACAAUUUAGAUCUCGUUAAGAAUCAAAAAUCAUAUGAAGAUCUCAUUACCUAUGAAACUAGUACAGGACGUUCUACAAUAGAUCACAUCUUUAUGAACUCUUCGUUAAUCUUAGACCUUAUCGAUCAUGUAGUAGAAAAAGUUGAUAAUGAUUUGUCAGAUCAUGCUGUUGUAUACGCAACUAUUUCAUUAACAUCUAUCAAUCCAUCUUUCAUUCAAUGUGCAGCAAUAAAAAAGUUAGUCUAUCGAUAUAGCGAAAUGUUUGAUGAUAACUGGUCUAUCUUUGGAACUUCAGUUGAUCAACGAU